CAGACGCAUUGUUUGACAGUUACUACUUACUACUCCUAGCUACUCGCCGUCCAUCCUCCCAGUUCACUGUAUCGUCGUCGAUCCUGAUCCUGCUCAAGCGCCUUGCGAAUUCACGCUCUAGCCGCCAUCCCUGCAUCCCUUCUUGCCACUGCUACUCACCAAUUCCUUGUGAACUGAACAACCGAGUCGACUAAUUCCAGACACGCUGAUCAUGGCUUCCACCAACUACAAAGAGGCAUUCUCGCUCUUCGACAAGCGCGGCUCCGGCCGUGUCUCCCUAUCCUCGCUCGGCGAUCUCCUGCGCGCCUGCGGCCAGAAUCCGACGCUGGCCGAGAUUAGCGAUUUGGAAAAGAGCUUGGGAGGGGAUUUCGACUUUGACGCCUUCUCGAAAGUCCUCAACCGCCCUGGCGGCUUCCGCGACCCCGGCGAGCCCGAAGAAUACUGCCGCGGCUUCCAGGUGUUUGAUAAAGAUUUGACGGGGUAUAUCGGUGUCGGACAGCUUCGCUACAUCCUGACGAACCUCGGCGAGAAAAUGUCCGAUGAGGAGGUGGACGAGUUGCUCAAGUCGGUUGAUACCAGCUCUGGCGAGAUUAACUAUACUGAACUUGUCCGCACGAUCCUGGCAAACUGAUGAUACCCCGCGAGAGUGACGAGCGAACGAUUCUUAUUGAUCUUUCUUAUUGAUAUUGAUAUUUGGUUGGAGUUGGCUGUGCUGCAUGAUGUAUGAUAUAACAUAACAUUACAUAACAAUAACAAUCGCUGGAUUGACUUAGUCUAUCA